UUACGUAAAGUCGUUACUCUCCCUAAGCAUGCAAACUCCUCCUGUCGUUUGUUAUGGUCAUUUCCGUAUCCUGCAGUCAUGUGUGAUAUUAAUCACAUACUAUGUGUGUCCAUGACUCCACAGCGGUUGGUGAGGAUGAACAUGCCCAUAGCUGAAGACAGUACGGUUCACUUUACCUCCACUUUAAUGGCUCUCAUCCGGACCGCCCUGGAGAUUAAACUGGCAUCAGGAGUUCUGGCUCAGCGGCUAUGUGAUGCUGAAUUAAGGAAGGAAAUAAAUAAAAUUUGGAGUAACUUGUCUUCGAAAACAGUAGACAUGCUGGUGACACCUCAUAAACAUAAUGAACUGACUGUAGGGAAGGUCUAUGCUGCUCUGAUGAUUUUCGACUACUAUAAGCAGAACCGAGCCAAAAGACUCCAACAGCAGCAGGCUGCACCAGGCACACAGAGUAAAGUUGGAGUUCUCUUCAGACCAAUGCUUCCUCUCACACACUUGCACGAUCAGGAGCCACUAGUGCUGAAAGUCCCGCCCUCUUCUCAAUCAGAUACCACACCACAGCCAGAUGCCCCACCCACAUCCUUUCACCUGACCAAUGGGGAUGCAGUACAAAGCCAGAGCAGUGCCAUGAAAAAGUCUCCAUCGGGAGGUAUACCUCAGGAAGUCACACAGGAAGUGAACAGAAGGCCUGUCCAACGGGGCCAAUCGGAAGAUGUGCCAAACACAUACAGAUCUCAGGAAUUAGUUGAGAUGACUGACAUGGAGAAUGACUCUGAUGUGGGCGGGUAUCCUGUGCUGGAGGGUCACGGCAGAGCUGCCUCCAUGCCCAGACUCAAUGCUGGCUUUCAGCGGAGCCACUUACGCCACACCACCGGAACGUAUCUAGCACCUAUCGCAGACGUGAGUCCCAUGAGGCGGUCUACGUCCUCGUUGACACCACAGAGAGAGGUGCGAGAGGUUAAUCUGAGCGAUUAUGACCUGGAGAGGCCCAAGAUGACCCCGGGCCAGACCCUCGCUCAGGAGAGAGAGAGGGAGCGAGCCCAUCAUCAUCAUCACCAUCAUCAUCACCGCUGCCAGCGGCGCAAAGACAAGAAGCACAAAUCGCUGGAUCGAGCCAUCAGCGAGGAGCAGCCACCGCCUGCAGAUCCAAACACUGAGUCACCGCCUAGGGAACGAUCACGGGAGCGAGACCGCGGCCGCUCCCACGAGAGGAAGCACCAUUCAUCCUCAGCGGCGGAAAGGAAGCAGCGAUACUACUCUUGUGAUCGCUACGGCAGCCAUGAACAAGGCCACAGUGUGUCCGCCGGGCCCAGCAGAUCCACAUCGCCAGGAGAACCCUAUGACCCAAACAGGUUUAAGCAGGGAAUUAACACAGCUAAAGGAAGUUCAGUCAUUCAUACCUCAGGCACCAGCACACCCUGCCGCGGGCGUAGACAGCUCCCUCAGACGCCCCUUACGCCUCGGCCUGCUGUUGCCUACAAGACUGCCAACUCCUCUCCGGUCCAGCUCAACACUGCCCAGUCUACAGGGCCCUGCCCCACUCGCCUUAGUCGUGGCCUGUCAGAGCACGAUGCCCUACUCAGCGGUAGCACCCACCGCCAAUCUCCCGUGCCUGUCACUCGUAUCGGCUCUGACCCCAACUUGGGUCCCCUCCAGCAAGACUCAAACUUGUCUGAAGCGGACGACUUCCACGAUGCCUUGAGCACGUACGGCACGGGCCGCUCCCCCAGGACUGCAGCCUCCAUCGCCCACACAUCAUCAGGUGUGGCCCCCACUUCCACACUGCUCUCGCGCAGCCAGAGCGGAGUCCCCAACGGGUAUCACUACUCCCUCGGAGUGAACGCGGCACCUGGUUCAAGCGGCAGAGCAUCUGGAAGCUAUCAGGAAACUGAGAGAAAUGACUGGUGUUAGCAUGAUUCAAUCUAGCAUGAGUUUUAUCGUCUUUGCCCCGGGGGAGGAGGAAGCCGUGUUUUGGAGGGAAACAAGAGUUACGUCCGCAGUUUACACUAUUUACAACUGUUUACCAUCAGCUUGAGCGUAUAUGGUUUUAUAAAGGUGUUCUUCUCCUGUUUAGAAAGUAGCAGACGUCCUUGUGACUUGUUUACGAAAGUUGUGGCAAGAUGGAAAGCGCUUGGAGCUCUUAAUAGGUUUCAAACUGAAUAGUUUAGCCUCAAGUGACACUCCCCACCUCUUUUAAUUUCAUUAGGGCUGAUUCCACAAGGGUCACAUGCAAGGAGAUGAUCACAUCAGCUGUGCCUGUGAUCAAGACCUCAGACCUCAGAGAGGAAGACGCCCAAAAACACAAGCUAUGGUGAAAGCAGUUGUGUGGAAAAAGUGAGACAUUUAGUUGUUGAGAUUUGAGAGGUUAUUUAGACUCUUUGCACAGGACACAAUGACUGAAAAGAUAUUUCUAGGGAUUUUGGCAGUGUGUCCACCAAAACGUUUUUUUUUUUUUUUUGUUCCUAAAGCCAGCGUAUAUUUUUAAUUGUUUGCAAUGGGAGCACCACAUACUAGUGUGACGUGGUCGCAAGUGUUUGUUCCAUGCUGAGCGUUUCACUGCUGUUUUUUUUCUGGUCGUUGAGCGUUGAACAGUGUUCAUCUUUGGGUAAAAUGUCGCACUCGUCACUGCCACUUUUCACCUAACCGUCAAUUUGCAUUGGAGGAGGGGUGGGACAAAUACCACACUGACCAACCAUCACAUUCUACUUGUACAAUGAUUGAAUAACCAUCGCCUGACACCUUCGGAUUGCAACAUUAAUGUGAAAAAAAAUAAUGCUUGAAGGAACAUUUAGUUCAUCAUGGGUCUACCAGGGAAACAGCUAAACGCUGUGCCUCCAAAGCGGCUGGCAUAUUUGUUGGCUAAAAACUCUUUGGUGGACACACAACCUAAAGGUUUGUGCUGCUGAAAUUCUACUUCUUUCUCUAGCAUGAGUGGAAUAGUUGGUCUGCUCCCACCUACUGAAAAAAGGCCAAAUUAAACGCACUUUUCUAUCAGACUGCAGUAGAUUGAAUAUCUUUUCACAGUGUUCCAUUUUGUACCUUGUAAAUGAUCUGAGUGUAGCUGGACAUUAUGUAAGGUCUAAUCAUUUUCUUACUCUCUAGAGGUAAGAUGCCA